CAAUGAACCGUCUGUCUUUUGAAAUUUGAGACGGCGCCAUGCAUCUUCUCCUUGUUGACCUUCACAACGAAUAAAUAGGUUGAGCGUUGUCGUUUGCUAAGUUGGCCUGUCCCUUUGACUAUUGCUCACCUCCAAGCAUAUUACUUGUGGACGCGAUACGAAAUCACCUCAGAUAUUUUGUUUCUCAUGUAUGCUCUUGAUAAGAUGGGAGAUGAAGAAAUCAAUUUGAAGGAGGCUCUCAUCAGGUCCCUAAACGAAGAGGGUAUUUUACCAAAGCUUGAAGUACCUGUGUAAUGUUGAUAACGUUUCGUUACUAGGCUCAGCUAAAGGCAGCAGUGUACUUAGCUCUGGAAAAGCACAACUAUGCCGAAGGAAUACCGCUUUCAAAUCAGUCCAUUCGGUCCUUAUGGUCUACAGAAGAUGGCUUGAUCAUUGCGUCCCUAUUGGUGGAUUUUAUGAAUAUGAUGAAACUUGAAAAUACGUUAAAUGUCCUAAUGGACGAAGCGCAAAUGAAACAUCUAGAACUUUUUGAUCGAGAUAAGUUGAUGGCCGUUCUACCUACUGAACGCAGUCCAAGCAGCUCUCCAGUGCUGCUGAACUUGAUUGAAACACUUAGACAUCUCCGGAGCCAGAAAAUGGAUGAAACGGAUUCAUCUACUUCAGCAUCAAAUAAUUCACGUAAUAAGUCAAGCAGAAUACCUGUCUUACAGAGUCGUAAAACGAGUUUUGGAUCCCAGGUAUCAGAUGAAACACUCAACACUCCAAAUCGCGACGUUAAUGGUUCGUCAAAAGUUAAAGAAACUAUAAACACUUCCCAGGAAACUCGCCUUCAAGAAAUAGUCACUAAUAACAGCAGCAGAACGCAAAUGCGUACAUCUGUAAUUGGGUCUACAGAUUCUCCGCGACCUUUAACACCGAAUUCUCCAGCUUUGAAUAAUGUUGCGAAGGUCGAAUCCCCCGGAAGGGCGAAUUCAGGAGGGAGUUCACCAUCCAUUGUCAGAGUGUUUGCACCAGUGAAAAAACAGUCGUCUUUAAAUGACGACAAAUCAGAUGUUGAUGAUGAUGAUGAUGAUAUUGAAGAAGUGUUAAGAGCCGAAGAGUCAGUGGCUGAUGAUACAGUCGACCAAACUGUUGAUUCAGAACAGAGCUUAGGCUUGGAUUAUGUUGAAGAAAUACAACCACUACACAACUCUGUCUCGUUAACACGUACUGUUUAAUAGCCAUGAAUUGUUAUAUUCAAUAAUGACGUGAAAUUUUCUUAGGUUUCAGGUUGUUUUCCCUUGAUUUCUGCAUCGUAUAACAAUGAUUCAAUGUUUAUUUUCUAGUGUUUUGUACUAUUUGUUCCCUGAUUUGCAGUUCGUUUACAGCUAUCGUUCUAGUAAUAUUUCCAUUCAAUUAACAAAUCAUAAUCGAAUAAUAACCUAAAUUUCCAUGUGUUAAUGCUAAAAAUAUAU